AUGGCGACAAAUUCGGAGUCAAUCCCUUCUUCCUGCAAAGUGGUAUUGUCCGGCAAUGUUGCGAAAGGGUUGCUUCAAGAAGUUACAGAGGGACGCGCAGCUCUCGAAAGCCCACCCCACCUCGUCGGUUUUCUAGCAAAUUCUGACCCGGCUGCAAGAAUUGGCUUCCGCUACUCUCUACGUGAAGUACACCGUGAUGAUAUCGAGGAUGCCAUCCUCGCCGCCAAUGCAGACCCGGACGUCGACGGAAUCAUCGUCUACUAUCCUAUUUUCAACAACAGACAAGACCAAUACGUGCAACAGCUUGUAGACAUCUCGAAAGACGUUGAAGGACUCAGCCAUAGAUACAUCUUUAAUAUGUAUCAGAAUAUAAGAUUUUUAGAUCCUCACCCGGGUCCCCAGCGCCAGAAAUCUAUCCUUCCUUGUACGCCACUCGCCGUGAUUAAAAUUCUUGAAUAUUUACAAAUUUACAACACAAUCCUACCGUACGGAAAUAGGCUAUUUGGGCAUACUAUUUGCGUCGUGAAUCGAUCGGAAGUCGUCGGUCGGCCGCUCGCGGCUUUGUUAGCGAACGACGGCGCCUGUGUCUAUAGUGUGGAUAUCACUGGUAUCCAACAAUUUACCCGAGGGGAGGGCCUCAAAAAGCGAAGACAUGAAGUUGUCGAGAUGGAGGGGUGGACGUUGAAAGAUGCCGUCCCACACUGUGAUGUCGUUGUUACUGGAGUGCCGGGGGAUUCUUUCAAAUUUGAUACCAGCUUACUGAGGCCGGGAGCAGUUUGUAUCAAUUUUUCCAGCCAAAAGAAUUUUGGCCCAGACGUAAAGGAGAAAGCAUCUAUUUACGUACCUGCAAUUGGGAAAGUGACAAAUGUUGUCCUACUUCGCAACCUUUUGGUAUCCGCCACCGCUUCUCUUGCAGUUUUUAAGGUUCUAAUACGUCUCUAUAGCGUCUUGCCCAAAACCGUAGGGUUGAUGAUAUACAUCCAGCUGCUGCAAUUGAAAAACCAGGGACCCUAG